GCUCCUGGUAAUCGUCCAUACUGCAAGACUGAGGGGGUGUAUAAAUUAUGGAAAAGGAAAGAGUACAGGUGUGCUGGGAGGUGAGGGGGCUCUGGUGCUAGCCGAGCGUGCAAUAGGUAUAAAAAGCAGAGGGAGGUGAAGAGGAGAAAAAAGGACCGCAGAUAUCGCCUCCCCUCCGUCCCCUUUCACGCUUGGAAGCAGCGCUCCCCUCUGCUCGACUCCAAGGCGCGUGCGUCUGACGUAGAGCCAAUCACGGGCCAGACGCGAAUUGCUGCGAUUGCGACCAGCUAAAAAAAUUUUCCCCUUCCUGGCCAGCUCAGCGCCAGCCCCUUUUCAUUCCUACUCAAUUCAAACGCUUUUUUUCCAGCACAUACAUUACAGCACCAUGCAGCGGCCAGACCGACGCGAAGCGAACCAGAUCCGAUCCCUGCACUGCAUGCUGGGCCAGCUCAGCCGCGUCGACGGCUCGGCGCAGUUCUCGUCGGGCAAGACGUCGGUGCUGUGCGGCGUCUACGGCCCCAUCGACGUCAAAGUGUACGACGAGAAGCUGGACCGCGCGCACAUCGAGGUGAAGUUCCGGCCAGACAUCGGCGUGCCCACAACAAAGGACAAGUGGGUGGAAUCGGCCGUGCGCAGCACGUUCGAGAAGGAGGUCCUGGCGCAGCUUCACCCGCGCACGCUGGUGCAGAUCAACCUGCAGGUGCGCGAGAACGACGGCUCUGUCGAUGCCACGGCCAUCAAUGCCACAACCAUGGCGCUGGUGGAUGCAGGCGUGCCGAUGAAAACCACGGUGGCAGCGGCCGCCUGUGUGGUGCUCAAGGACGGCAGCAUUGUGGCCGAUCCGACAAAAGAGGAGGCGGAGCUGGCGGUCUCAACUCACACGUUUGCCUUUGCCAACGGCUCGUCCGACGGCCCGCUGUAUGUGGAUUCGCGGGGCCGGUUCUCGAUGGCCGAGUACAACAGGUGCUACGACCUGUGCCGGCUGACGUGCGACCGCAUCCUGGCCUUCAUGCGCACUGCGCUCGAAAGCAAGAUCCAGAAGGAGUCAGCCAUCUCGGCUGUGUAAGGAUCCUUAAGGCUUUUAGUUGUGGUAUU